CGGAUUUAAAUGAAAAGCAAUUUUGUUUUAGUUUAUAUCCAAGCCUGAUUGAACUUUAAUAUUCAGAUCACUUGAACUUGGUAUGUAUUAUGCAAUCUUUGAUCUGUUCUUAAUUGGUCUGAUCCAAAUUUGAAUCCGAGCCUUCCAUAAGCGAUGCAUUAUAACCAGAAGAAGGCGAAUGAGAUUCUUAGUACUGAAAUAAUUUAUGAAAAAAUGAAAAAGAAGAAGAGUCCAACGAGCCAAACUAAUAAAAUAAUAAAAAGAUAAGAGAGAGAGAGAGACGCGUUUAUGUCACAGGAUAAAGAACAUCGAAAAAGCCCCAGAACAGAAGCCAAAGGACACGUGCAGAAGAGGGAAGGCGAGUACAAGGGUUUCAAAUUUAGUGCGGACUAGGAGUGGAUUUGGUCACAAUAAAAACAAGGCUUUGGAAUUAGAAGCCAAGACUGCUCACUUUCUUCUUCUUCUUCUUCUUCUUCGUAGCCGGUGGUCACGUCAGGUCAGGGCAUUAGGUCAAGCUCUGAACCAGUUGGAAAUUUGAUGACAGGGUAAAGUUGGUGAAGAAACUGUGGCUUGGAGUGAGUGCUAUGAGUCUACAAUCGAGAUAGUGGCGUUUCCAGUACAUUUUCUAUCUUGGGAAGGGUACAUGCUGAAAAGACUACAUUGUGAAAUGAGUGUCAGAAACUUGGGAUAAGAGCAAGACCAGUCCUAUUUUUUUUUGAGUUCUACUUUCAGAAGUUUCAUUCGUGAUUGGAAAGAUGGUUGAGGGGCCAAAAUUUACUGGAUUUAUAGGAGGAAAUAGCAACGGUGAUAACAAUUUUUAUGAUUUCACUCAAGGGUUUUACCAAAAACUUGGUGAGGGUACAAACAUGUCCAUUGACAGUUUGCAGACAAGCAAUGCCGGUGGCUCUGUCUCUAUGUCGGUGGACAACAGCAGUGUGGGAUCCAACAAUUCUUUGACUCACAUUUUAAGCCACCCAGGUUUGAAGACUGUGAGCCAUAACUACUCUGUGGGUCAAAGUGUAUUCCGUCCAGGUAAGGUGACCCAUGCUCUUAAUGAUGAUGCUUUAGCUCAAGCUUUGAUGGAUCAUAGGUAUCCAACUGAAGGACUGGAGAAUUAUGAUGAGUGGACGAUUGAUUUGAGAAAACUUAACAUGGGUACUGCUUUUGCUCAAGGGGCCUUUGGAAAGAUAUAUAGAGGAACAUACAACGGGGAGGAUGUUGCGAUUAAGAUAUUGGAGAGGCCUGAGAAUAGUCCAGAGAGGGCACAAGUUAUGGAACAACAGUUCCAGCAGGAAGUCAUGAUGCUUGCAACACUUAAGCAUCCAAACAUAGUGCGGUUCAUUGGAGCAUGCCGUAAGCAAAUGGUUUGGUGUAUUGUCACAGAGUAUGCUAAGGGAGGGUCAGUUCGACAAUUUCUAACAAGAAGGCAAAAUCGGGCGGUGCCACUUAAAUUGGCUGUUAAGCAGGCACUGGAUGUGGCCAGGGGGAUGGCAUAUGUGCAUGGACUUGGAUUUAUUCAUAGAGAUUUGAAGUCAGAUAACCUUCUUAUAUCUGCGGAUAAAUCUAUAAAGAUUGCAGAUUUUGGUGUAGCUCGAAUUGAGGUGCAAACAGAGGGAAUGACACCAGAGACAGGAACAUAUCGUUGGAUGGCUCCAGAGAUGAUCCAGCAUAGGCCUUAUACACAAAAAGUGGAUGUCUAUAGCUUUGGGAUUGUCCUUUGGGAGCUCAUCACAGGUUUGCUGCCCUUCCAGAACAUGACUGCAGUACAGGCAGCAUUCGCUGUGGUGAAUAAAGGUGUAAGGCCAGUCAUUCCAAAUGACUGCCUCCCUGUGCUUAGUGACAUCAUGACCUGCUGCUGGGACACCAACCCAGAAGUUCGUCCACCCUUCACCGAGAUUGUCAGAAUGCUUGAGAAUGCUGAAACCGAGAUCAUGACUACAGUGCGCAAGGCUCGCUUCAGGUGUUGCAUGACUCAACCAAUGACGGUGGAUUGAUCCAGAACAGAAGACCAAAGAAGACAUGGUUAAAAAAGGACAUAAAAGAUAAACAGAAGCAGUAAGAAUUUUACUUAUAAGUUUGUGUAUGUAUCUAUACUUUCUUUAAAUAUUUGAGAUAGGGAUAAGUUAACUUUUAUACUGAUGGUUUCUGGAUAUCGACAACAAUUGUAAUGGAUUAUUGGUGUUGAAGUAGUUUCCCAGAUCUAGUAGAAGGGAGCUUUUAUGUAUAUGGAGCCUGCCAUUUUCAUUGAGGUUGUAUUGUUCUGUUUUUUCAUAACAGGCGCAGGUUCAUUAUGUUGGAUCAAUUAUACUAUGAUUCUGACCUUCUUCGAAGAAAAGUCAUUUGUUUGGA